AUGCAGUCGGACUUUUGGAGGUUAGGGCUAGUUAACUUGUAGUGUAGUAGGCUACUGCACUCACAAAUAAAAGAGAGAGGUUGCGCUAUACAGUCCUGUAUCUACCAAACAAUUGUAAUAAGACAGUCUGCAAAGGAUGUUGUCAUUUCGAUUGCUUUGCCUUUUGGGAGUGCUCAGAGGCACCAUGACCAGACUGGCUGAAGUGACUAAUGUUGCUCUUGGUGGAAUCGCCACACAGUCUGGUAAGACAUGGGAAUGGGGGCAUGCCAAUAAUGCGAUCGAUGGUAACAGAGAUUCCAACUGGUACCACUACUCCUGUUCACACACGGUUCUUGAACCCAACCCCUGGUGGAGGGUUGAUCUACUGAAGAAAUACAGAGUGCACUCUGUGGUUAUCACCAACAGAGGAGACUGCUGUCCAAUGAGAUUGCAAGGAGCUAGGAUUACAAUUGGUAACUCCCCAGAAAUUAAUGGCGGUAACCAAAUCUGUGGUAACAUUUCCAACCCUGCUGGACAAUUCUGGACCUUCAACUGUGAGGGGAUGGAGGGUCGCUACAUUCAUGUGUACAUUCAAGGCCGAUCAGAGUACCUUUCAUUGUGUGAGGUGGAGGUGUAUGCAGAAAGCAAUUUGAAAAAUGUUGCUCUUGAUGGAAUCGCCGCACAUUCUGGUAAGACAUGGGACUCGGGACAUGCCAUGAAAGCGAUCGAUGGUAACCGAGAUUCCAUCUGGAACCACAACUCCUGUUCACACACACAUUUUACAACCGACCCCUGGUGGAGGGUUGAUCUACUAAGGAAAUACAGAGUGCAAUCUGUGGUCAUCACCAACAGAAAAGACUGCUGUGGAGCGAGACUGAAUGGAGCUUGGAUUGUUAUUGGUAACUCCCCAGAAAUUCAUCAUAGUAACCAAAUACUUUUCAGCUGUGGUAACAUUUCCAACCCUGCUGGACAAUCCAUGACCUUCAACUGUGAGGGGAUGGAGGGUCGCUACGUUCAUGUGUUCAUUCAAGGCCGAUCAGAGUACCUUACAUUAUGUGAGGUGGAGGUGUAUGCAGAAAGCUAUUUGAAAAAUGUUGCUCUUGAUGGAAUCGCCACACAGUCUGGUGCGACAUGGGACUGGGGGCAUGCCGAUAAAGCGAUCGAUGGUAACAGAGAUUCCAACUGGUACCACUACUCCUGUUCACACACGGGUCUUGAACCCAACCCCUGGUGGAGGGUUGAUCUACUGAAGAAAUACAGAGUGCACUCUGUGGUCAUCACCAACAGAGGAGACUGCUGUGGAGAGAGACUGAAUGGAGUUAGGAUUAAAAUUGGUAACUCCCCGGAAAUUCAUGAUAGUUACCAAAUCUGUGAUAACGCCAAUGCUGGGAAAUCCUGGACCUUCAACUGUGAUGGAAUGGAGGGUCGCUACGUUCAUGUGUACAUUCAAGGCCGGUCAGAGUACCUUACAUUGUGUGAGGUGGAGGUGUAUACAGAAAGCAGUGGCCGUUUAGCAGCUCAGUUCAGUGGCGCUAGCACAUUGUCCCUAUGUGCUUGUGCACUGUUGGCAUGGAUUGCAGCAGCACUACUAACAAAAAGUCUGAGUUGAUUUGAUCUCUCUCUCUCUCUCACACACACACACACACACACACACACACACACGCAAAAUGUCCUUUCUCACACCAUGUUGACAACUUGACAAGCUGAGAUGUUCUUUUCUGCCUUUCUUUGUGUGUGCGUGUGAAAAAUAAAGAGAGAGAGAGAGAGAGA